AUGACAGGGUUACCCAGUACUAUCGACGUUGAGAAGUUUGUUGAGGCACGAGCGUUCGAAAUCGAUGCUAUGCAAAAGGCCAUGAAAACGGCCAAUUCAAGCUCGACACAGAGAGCGUGGCAAGCUUUGCCAAGGCACCUUCGGCGUCGAGCCGCGAGUCACGAUGUACGACGUGUUCCUUUGAAGCUUCGGGAUAAAGCACGCGCUGAGAUACAUUGGCAGAUGGAUCCAAUACGCAAAAAAACUCUUGGUUCAAUGCCCAAACGUGGUAAACUCAAACGGAUUAGUCAAACGGACAAGUUCUUAAGUCGACAGCGCGAUAAAACCUGGCUCGAAACGCAUCUUUGGCAUGCCAAGCGCAUGAAAAUGAGCGACAUGUGGGGUUACCGUUUGGCCGUGCAUCCAACCGAAAAGGCUUACCGUCCUUCUCAUCGAGCAUCCGUGCAUGGUUCCAUACUCCACGAUGCCUCCUAUCAUUCUCUAGUGGAAAUGCGAGGCCCCCAAGAGAUACUAAUAUCAAUGCUAGAGUUGUCUUGUGACCCACAAGGGCCAGGACCGGGAUCAAAACGAUGUUUGGGUGGUUCGCGUACUCUCGAAACUCAUUUAUAUGAACCGGGAGGUUACCCUUUUGCUUUAAUUGCACCUGUAACCAUCAUCUGGCGACCAACAGCGAAUGCGAUCCAGGAGGAAUCUCAACUGAGGACAGUCUGGUUACGCUUUCACCCAUCCGCUCAGAACGAAGUCCUCGCCAAUUUGAAAACAGUCGCGUCGCAGAUUUUGUCUAAAUACAAGUCAAAUAAUUCUUUGGCAAAGGAUGUCAAUGUCGAGAUCAAUGAUUUGAAGGACCGAAUUAACGUUUUUGAAAUCAUGGGUCCCAAGGCGAGUCAGGUCAUUAAAGGGUCACUGAGUCCUGCCUCCCAUGAGAAGACAGAAGAUUUUCGCAAGUUUUGGUCCUCUCUAACCAACUUGCAAACUGCUGGUUCCCUUCCUCGAGGAAUGAUCGUUGGCUUCAAGGUCGAUGAUCCACGACUGAAUUUUCCUCCAAAGGACGCGAAAUGUAAGCCCAAUACGUCUGGACUGGGCAGUGUUGUUUUCCCUUCGUCGACACUUGCCAGCAGCGAGAUUUGGGAUGAGUCUAUACGGGAUGCACUGGCGAAACCUCGUUACAAAAAGAAAGAACUUGACGAGCGCCGUUCGAAGAACAUCAUCCCUGGAACUCCACUGAACCCAUUACGCCAGGACGACCGCAUUCCCGUCCUGCUCAUCCAACGCACCUUAGAGGCACAAUCCAGCGGCUCUGAUAGUCAGGCUCUUCAUGGAUGGACAUUGAUCGUUCCUUCUGGGUGGUCGAUGGCGUUUUUUAGCUCAUUGAUUUUCACUGGCACGCGAGUGGCUGGUCAAAGGGAACGUCAAACUCAAGCCUAUGAAGCAGGCACUGUGUACUUCCCAUGGGACUAUCCGUUCACUGCUGCGUACACGACUUACUCCAUGGAUCGGGAGAAGCAGGAAAGAGAAUCUUGGGAACGGAAACCGCCAGCGAAACGAGUCAACUACGACAAGCUAGGUACAAUAAGCCCAUGGAAAGCUGACUGGGCGACGCUUCUUGGCCUUCAAAGAAACUCACAAGAACGCGGGGAGGAAGAGGACCUCGUCACCACUCAAAGAGAUAUGCCAGCUGCCGACAAGGACGAUGUCCAGAAAAACGUCAAACCAUGUGCUUACCUUCUCUCGGAGAUGGGCAGACUACGGCUGAAGCGGUCCCAGGAACCUUUCUCUGUGGACCUGAAAGCAGCGGAUCUUCUUCAAGGGGCUCUAGUCAACAUCAAGUUGGUCAUGUGCUCGAGGGGUGCACCAGAAGACUUGUCGAUAAUUUACUCUGUUGGAGAUGAAGAAGCAAGACGAUGGGAGAAGCUUCUUCAAAACUUCACAACGAGCGCAAUGGAUCCCGAGGAGGAAACGCCAGAGGAGUUGGAGCUGGCGGAAAUCGUUCCUCCAGAAGAGUCAGUAAUAGGAUAUGUCACCACUGGCCAUUUCUCGCUUUCAAGGGGUCAAGGCUUUGCUAUUGGAGCGAUCCCGGUUACUCGAUUUUUUGAAUUGAGACAGCAGACUAACCGGUCAGUUGCCUGA